AUGUCUGCACCGGAACGUUCAAUAUUUCGUACAAAUAAACCAUUAUCAAAUAAUCCACCUCAUUCUAUCAGUGUCACUGAUCGACGAAUCGAUGCUUUCACUCACUUGUGGACAAUCGAUCAUUUUCCAUCUUAUUUAGAUGAUCCACAAUCUCCACGUGUUCUAUUCAGUUCCUAUUUUUCGCCGAACUUUGGAUCACAUACUGAUAGUGUUUGGUGUCUGAAGCUUUAUCCGAAAGGAGUCAAUGAAAAAUCAUUAGAUUAUGUAUCAUUAUUUGUCAAAUAUGUUCGAGGACGAAGUGAUUUAAAAGCAAAAGCUGAAUUUUCAAUUAUCAAUAGUAAAGGAGAAUUUCAUGUAACGCGAAAAACACCAUAUCACAUUUUUCCCCAAGGCGGUGAUUGGGGUUACACCGAAUAUUUAUUAAGACUAGUUUUAACAAAUCAACGAAAAUCAGAAUUAUUAAAUUCCGAUCAAAGUUUAAAAAUAUUUACACGUGUAAUCAUAGUUGGAGAAUCUUAUUCUGAACGGAUACAAUAUGAAAAAAAGAAUACGUAUGAAAAUCUGUUGAGUUUAUCGUUACAUAUGGGAUCAUUAUUGCAACAUAACAAUCAGCAGCGUGAUAAUUUUUGUGAUGUAACAAUUGUUGUUCGACCACCCAAUCAUCAUCAACAUUUACAGCCGACACCACAGUUUCUUGUGACAGAAAAAGCAAAUGAUUCUAGUAAAGAAGAGGCAUGUACGAAACGACGAACAAAGCGCCGACGAUACAACACAAAUUCAGGUAGCGCUGGUGAAUCCUCUUGUGAAAGUAAUCAACAAUUGUCAACCUCAUUAUCGUCAUCAAGCGACUAUUCCACUACAUUUCAUGCUCAUCGAAGCAUAUUGAGUGUGAGAUCUCCCGUGUUUGCUGCUAUGUUUUCACAUAGCAUGCUCGAAGAACAAAAUGCCACAAUUGAAAUAAAUGAUUUAACUGCCGAAACUGUUCGAGCAUUAUUGGAUUAUAUCUACACUGGUGAUGUUGAAGAUAUUGAAGAUAAUUCUAUUGAUAUAUUUAAAGCAGCUGAUAAGUACGCGUUAGAAUUGCUGAAACAAAAAGCUGAAUUAAUUAUGAUGGAAUCCUUGAGUGUUGCAAAUUGUACUGAACUGUAUAUUGUUGCUGAUUUACAUAAUGCAACACAAUUGAAAAAAAAAGUACUGGAUUUUAUUAUGAAAAAUAUUUUGGAAGUAACAGAAAGUGAAGAUUGGCGUACACUAGUUGAAAAUUAUCCAAAUUUAGCAACAGAAGCUUUUGUUUAUUCAGCGACGCAUGCUGCUUCUUCAUGUGCUUGUUCGGCGUGA